AGUACAAUUGUCUGGGCUGUGAAGACACUUACCCGCAGAUUUGCCGGGAGUGGGGGGAGCGCCCCAAGAGUGGCAAAUCCCUGCCUCGACUUCAAUCCGUUCGCCCAACUCGAAAGCCCCAGGUGCUGAACGCACGAGGGACUUCUGCCAUGGGUUCCUCCUCUGUGCGCCACUGGGUGAUGCAGCCACAGCCACCGCCACCACUUUUAGUACUCCUGCUCUUCUGCUGCAGCCUAUUCUUCGCAGGACUGGCCCAAGAAUGCUCGGCUCCUUGCCGUUGUCUGGGGAAACGACUGGAUUGCAGCCGCCUCAGACUGAGAGAAGUCCCCGCGGUGUUCCCCAGCGGGACGGUGCAGCUUGAUCUAAGCCAUAAUAGGUUGUCUUCAAUCAACUCUAGCUCUUUGAGUUAUCUUUAUAAUCUGCGAGAAAUAAAACUGAACAACAAUGAAUUGGAAGCUAUUCCAAAUCUGGGACCUAUUUCAGUAAACAUUACUUUCCUUUCUCUGAUAAAUAACAAGAUCAUGAACAUUCUGCCUGAAGAACUGAAAUUAUUUCAAUCCCUCGAAACUUUAGAUCUCAGCAACAACAAUAUUUCUGUGCUUGAGAUGGGGUCAUUUCCUCCACUGGUGCUCAAGAACCUCCACAUUAGCAACAAUCGGAUAGUUUCACUGGAACCAGGCAUUUUUGACAACUUGGCUAACAAACUUCAAGUCUUGAAGCUGAACAAAAAUCGCAUUUCAAUCAUUCCGCAGAAGAUGUUUAAACUUCCCCAUCUCCAACAUCUAGAGAUGAGCCGUAACAGAAUUAAAAAAAUAGAUGGACUUACUUUUCAAGGACUGCCUUCUUUGAAAUCAUUAAAAAUACAGAAAAAUGGGCUUGUUUGGCUCAUGGAUGGAGCUUUUUGGGGAUUAAGUAACAUGGAAAUUCUACAGCUGGAUCAUAACAACCUAACAGAAAUUUCCAAAGGCUGGCUUUAUGGCUUGUUGAUGUUACAGCAGCUUCAUCUCAGCCAAAAUGCAAUCAGCAGGAUCAAACCUGAUGCCUGGGAGUUUUGCCAAAAACUCAGUGAGCUUGAUUUAACUUACAAUAAUUUAGCAAAACUAGACGAUUCAAACUUUGUUGGUUUAAGCCUACUGGUAAGGCUGGAUAUCGGGAACAACAAAGUCAGCUACAUUGCAGAUUGUGCCUUCCGGGGACUGUCCAGUUUACAAACUCUAGACCUUAAAAAUAAUGAAAUCUCAUGGACAAUUGAAGAUAUGAAUGGUGCUUUCUCUGGACUUGACAAACUUAGAUGGCUGCUACUCCAAGGGAACAAAAUUAGGUCUAUUACUAAGAAAGCAUUUUCUGGUCUGGAUGCACUUGAACACCUAGAUCUAAGUAAUAAUGCAAUCAUGUCAAUUCAAGGAAGCACAUUUUUACAAAUGAAGAAUCUUAAAGAAUUACAUAUAAACACAUCAAGCCUUUUGUGCGAUUGCCAGCUGAAAUGGCUACCUGACUGUCUAAUAGACAAUAAAUUCCAGACUUUUGUGAAUGCCACAUGUGCCCAUCCUCAGGCAUUAAAAGGAAGAAAUGUUUUUACUGUCAGUCUAGAAGGUUUUGUAUGUG